CAUUAUUAAAGACCGAUCCUUGUAAUUUUGAGUAUAUAUUGUGGGCAGUAUUUGAUGGAAGGGAACGAGUUGUGAAGAUGAAAAUCAAAUCUAAUGACGAUAUCUUAGAGCUGAUUGAAGAACAAAGAAAUUCCAACAUUUACGUGGAGUUAAAGAAGAGAGUAAAUGUAGGGAUUCCGGGGACGGCGCAACAAAGGUUGACGCAAAUGAUGGCGUCCCAAUGUGUAUUUCAUAGUUAUUUUGGUGUUGGUAGUUCUGCAUUUUCCACAGAGGCCCCAUAUUCACAUCAAGCAGACCCUAGUUCAUCUACACAUAUUGGAUAUCCUCAGGGCGAUGAUGACCAAACCGCGGAUUGUUCGAAUCAACCAGGUCAUUCUCGUGACGAUGACAAUAAUGAUGACCAAACCAAACGCACAAUGAUGAUUCAGGCGACAAAGAAAAAGAAGUCAAUGAUAAGCAAAUGUUCAAGCUUUUCAGGGCUUGAAUGUCGAAAACCCAAAUCCUGCACUUCUAGGUUACUAUCUAUUGGUCCGUAUGAAGGGUGUUCUUACAAGUUAUGCGCAAGGACAAAUCAAAAUGUAUGGAGAAUCACUACUUUGAAACUCGAGCAUACAUGCGAAGGGAGAUUGACGCACAAUCUACACAGUUCGGCUAAUUCCACGGUUCUCGCUCAUAUUUACGCACCAACUAUUCAGAAAAAUCCCCAGACGGUAUCUACACGGAGAAUUAUUGAUCAAAUGCGCGAGGAGCACGGUUUGUCGAUGAGCUACAAUGGAAGCUUAAACCUCACUAUAUUGGGCCGUUUGAAAUCCUCGAUCGAGUUAGCGUAUCGACUGGCUUUACCACCAGACAUGUCGGGUGUGCACGACGUAUUCCAUGUCUCGAUGCUUCGGAAGUAUGUGCAUAAUCCUGAUCAUGUGGUGGACUUCGGCGAACUGCAGGUCGAGCGAGACCUUACCUAUGAGGAGGUGCCGGUAGCUAUUCUGGAUCGGAAGGUCAAUCAGCUGAGGAAUCGGGCAGUGAGCUUGGUGAAGGUGCUGUGGAGCCGACACGAUGAGACCGAGGCGACUUGGGAGAGGGAGGACG